AUGGUUGAUGAAGCACGGAAAGCAUUGGAAGAGGCUGAAGCACUUAAGAAGCUGCCUCCGCGACAGGAGCCUAUUACAGAUUCCUCCAAGUAUACUGCUGCCGAUGUGCGAAUUACUGAUCAGAAAUUACGUGUCUGCGACAUUUGUGGAGCAUUUUUGAGCGUUUAUGACAGUGAUCGCCGUUUAGCAGAUCAUUUUGGAGGCAAACUUCACUUGGGCUAUAUGCAAAUUCGUGAGAAGUUAGCUGACCUUCAGGAAGAGAGAAACAAGAAGCGGAAGGCCCAUGAAGAUGAGAGAAGAUCAAAAGAGCGAAGCCGGGAUCGUGACAGGGAAGGCAGUCGUGAUCGAGGAGAGAGCCGGGAACGGGGGAGGGAUCAUGACCGUAGGAGCAGAGAUCGCGAUAGGCAUCAUGAUCGUGAUCGUGGGCAUGAUCGGGAGCGUGACAGGGAGAGAGAUCAGUCACGCAGCUAUGAUUCAAGGAGGAAUCGGAGGUCGCGCUCGCGGUCAAGUGAACGUUCUAGAGAUUAUGAUCGCCACAGAUCAAAAGAGCGAAGCCGGGAUCGUGACAGGGAAGGCAGUCGUGAUCGAGGAGAGAGCCGGGAACGGGGGAGGGAUCAUGACCGUAGGAGCAGAGAUCGCGAUAGGCAUCAUGAUCGUGAUCGUGGGCAUGAUCGGGAGCGUGACAGGGAGAGAGAUCAGUCACGCAGCUAUGAUUCAAGGAGGAAUCGGAGGUCGCGCUCGCGGUCAAGUGAACGUUCUAGAGAUUAUGAUCGCCACAGAUCAAAAGAGCGAAGCCGGGAUCGUGACAGGGAAGGCAGUCGUGAUCGAGGAGAGAGCCGGGAACGGGGGAGGGAUCAUGACCGUAGGAGCAGAGAUCGCGAUAGGCAUCAUGAUCGUGAUCGUGGGCAUGAUCGGGAGCGUGACAGGGAGAGAGAUCAGUCACGCAGCUAUGAUUCAAGGAGGAAUCGGAGGUCGCGCUCGCGGUCAAGUGAACGUUCUAGAGAUUAUGAUCGCCACAGGUUAUCUCCCUUCGAUGCUUCUGUUUUCUGAUUAUCCAUGUUCUGUUGGUUUUAGGCAUAAUAAGAAUUAAGUGAGAAACUUCUAACAUAUCGGCUGCCUAGAUUUUACUCUUAAGCAUUUUGCACGCGAUUCUGGUUCUUUUAAUUCCAUUCUGGGAGCAAAUUUCUAAAAUUAAUUAUUUGUACUAGGAAAAAGCUGAAGUUUCCAAAUCCGUGUUAUUAUGAA